GAGCAGAACGACGUGAUGGUAGCAGCCUGUUCAGGGGACAGGAGGCGAAGGAAGGCUGAAUAGUUUAAUUCUUUAUACCCUGUACAACAAUGUCGAGUUUUGGCUUGUCGUGCAGGGAGGUGGAAAAUAUGGGUUAUGUAUUCAGCAGCGACAAAAAGCUCUUUUUUUUGUUCUGUCAAGCCUUGCGUGUUCAGUUUAAAGAGUCGACAAGCGUGAACACGUUCAGAGAGAAGCAGCGGAUGCACCGGGGGAAUUAUGUGACGCGGUGGAAGUUUUCAUCUCCAACCCACAGCUGGCUCCAGGGAUGAACCCGACACUUCCAUGAACUCCUUCGGUUUCGCGGUUCGAGGCCUCCCCUUGGCCUUGCCGUCCAUGACACAGGCCACUGCCUCCGACCUGCGCUUCCAUCCCAGAUGGAGAGCAAUAAUCGUGACCGCCCUGCUGGCCUUAGUGCUCAUGCUGUACCUGCACCGGACCGUAGGGAACACAAACACACCAACCACAGGUAGUUUUCAAACUCGCAGAGAGGAGGAUGUGAGAUCACAAAGACUCUCUUGGUGUCUAAAGAGGAAAAAGCCUUACAAUGACACAUACCCGUUGAGUCCACCAGAGAGGACACCGCACGGCAUUCGCUACCGUAUAGGAGUGAUUGCCGACCUGGACACGGCGUCCCAAAGCUCCAAGGGUCAGACGUGGUUUAGCUACAUGAAAAGAGGCUAUGUGACCGUUUCAGAGAGCGCGGACAGACUGGAGGUGGAGUGGGAUGCAGACAGAGUCACCUUGGAGAGCAGUCUGGCUGAGAAAGGACGAGGUAUGGAGCUGUCGGAGCUGGUGGCCUUCAACGGUCACCUUUACAGUGUGGAUGACCGCACAGGUGUGGUGUACAGGAUUGAGGGGAGCAGAGCCAUUCCCUGGGUGAUACUUCCUGAUGGCGACGGCUCCAUGUCUAAAGGAUUCAAGGCGGAGUGGCUGGCAGUGAAGGAUGAGCACCUGUAUGUUGGAGGUCUGGGGAAAGAGUGGACGACGACGUCCGGGGAAUUCGUCAACAACAACCCAGAGUGGGUGAAAGUGAUCGACUAUAAAGGCGGCGUGGAGCACGAAAACUGGAUGCCGUAUUACGCCGCCCUGCGGAGAGCUGCAGGAAUCAAACCACCAGGUUACCUCAUCCAUGAAUCGGCAGCUUGGAGCGAGCGCCUCCAGCGGUGGUUCUUCCUACCUCGCCGUGCCAGCCACGAGCACUACGAGGAGGCGGCCGACGAGCGCCGAGCCACCAACCUCCUCCUGUCCUGCCCCGCCGACUUCAGACAUGUGACCACGCAGCGCGUCGGACCUUUUAACCCCACCCACGGCUUCUCCUCCUUCAAAUUCGUUCCCGACACCGACGACCAGGUCGUCCUGGCUCUGAAGUCGGAGGAGGACGCAGGCAGGAUCGCCACAUACAUCAUUGCUUUUACACUGGACGGACGGCUGCUGAUGCCCGAGACCAAGAUGGGAGAUGUGAAGUAUGAAGGGCUGGAGUUCAUUUGAAAUGUGGCAGGGUGAAAGUUUCAUAUCGCAUUAUUAUUAUUAUCAUGAUCUCAUAUCGCUAGAGAGCAUCGGGAUAACAACAACGGUAAAACGUUUUCUGAAAGCACAGGUGAAAGGUCAACAGAACAACUGUGAAAAAUGGAAAUCUGCUGAUGUGUCCUGUCAUCAAACACUAGAGUCAAACCUGCAUCACCUCAGUGCUGAUAGAUGUUUUAGUUUUUUUUUAUUUAAUUUUGGGAAGAGACCCGAUUGGAGUUGAAUUUAUAAUUAAAGGGAAGAAAGUAAAGUGCUUUUAAAACCAUAAUUAGGAUUUACACCAAACAUUAAAGCAAAAAUAUAAAAUAGUUUUUUGGAAAUAUAUAUAUACAUAGUAUAUAUAUAUUUACGUAAACAGGUAACAGUUGGUGACAUGGCCAGUUUUCUAGUAUUUAAACCAUGGGAAAUAGUUUGCUAGUGAGGCAAAAUGUGUUUUUCCCUUUUCAUAAGGUGCUAAAUAUUUUCUGAUGAUGGCAUUCUUCAUUACUGAUCAUGACAAGCACAACAGUCCUCUUCACUGUGGAGGAUUUAAUGUUGAAGAAAAAAAUCUAAUUUAUUACCACAGGUAUUUCUGCUUCACAUUUAAAAAGACGGCUUUCGGUGUUUCUUCAUUUUGCUUGUUUUAUAGCUUUAGCUUUCAUCAUCAAACUGCAUUUAUACCAAGGGUUUUCAAGUCUAAAUACUUAACUUAAAUAUACUACUUUAAAAAAUAAGUCCCAUGAGUGGAGAUUUGUUCUUUUGAAAGGUUUGAUAUUUACCAGAGUCCUGACACUCUCCACACAAAGUAAGGCUUAGUGUUAUCAUUUCAUUGUCAGUCAUUUCACAAAUGUGUCGUUUUGUUACUUUUUAUGGCCAUGUGUCGUUCUUAUCAGAAGUUGACAUACACUUAUCUUGGGCAGAAAUGUCAUAAAAUUGGGGCAUUUAAUGCUGGAUGUGAACCUUAGUUCAUUCAAAUUGUUUGAUUUCUUUGCACAGAUUAUAGACUCGAUUGGGUCGAGGUCAGAACCAUUCCAGAAGCUCGAUAUUGUCUCCUUUCACUCUAAAUCGUGUUCUGAUGUUUGCGUAGAUUCAUUUCCUGUUGGAGCCCAACUGUGUCCAAGUUUCAACCAUUUAGUUGUAGAUUUGAGGUCAAGAUAAAGAAUUAGGUGGCGGUCUUCUGUUGUUGUGUGUAAUGCAACAACAUGGCCACACAGCAUGCUGCUGCUACCACCAUACUUGACUGUUGCUAUGGUGUUCUUUGGUUUGCACAAGCCUCAUCCAGAACCUGUUUGAGCCUGUUUGUUUAAUUACCAUCUUGUGUGGAUUGAAAGUAAUCCAUAGUAAUUUCAGAUGUGCAGACUCUUUUUUUUUUUUUUUUUUUUUAAAUGUCAAAUAUGUUAGUAUAGUCACUCCACACUGAACAAACAGCUCAACGAAAUAAUUUGUUGGUGCAGCAUUCCUACUUAUGAUGGCUAUACAAGCUUUAGACAGGAAUUUUAUUUUUUACAUUCCAUUUUCUGUGUUUGAUGUGUAUGAAUUUGCCUUUAAAUCACACAUUAUAAGCAUAUUACAUUUGUUUUACUCAACAUAUCUACAGCAGUGUAGCUUCUUUUUUUUUUUAAACAGGGUUUUCAUAUUCAGACGCAGUAAAAGCACAUCUCUGUGCAGCGUCUCUCAGGGUUCAACAAAUGGAGAAAAAAAAAUAAGUGUCCUUAAUCUUAAAUCCAGUCCUGUUUGUGUUUUACUGCUGAGAAACAUUGGACUUUGUCAUGUUGUAUAGUGAUCCCUUCAUGUGUAAAACAGACAUUUUGGCGCCAUGAAGCACAGUUACUUAAUGAGGCAGGACGUUUGUUGUUGCUGAUCUUUGUACAUCUUUAUUUCCUUGUCCAAAGUUUAACUUUUUUAUGCUUUUAAAGCGAGAGAACAAAUUAAAAAAAGCUAUUUAAU